AUGAUUUCAUCCGGAACGUCCAAUGAUUUUGAAAUUUCUGACCUGCGGCGGAGUGAUCAUAAUGACAUCAUGAUGGAUGGGAGUUCAUCAGCAUCUUUGUGGAUCACAUCAUCAUGGACCUCUUCAUCCAGCGAUGAUCAUUCAAAAGAGAUCCAAACGAAUAAUGAAAGAGAGAUGAUCCUCACAAGGACAACCACGGAGGAAGACUGUUCAAAACAACAACAGCAGACGCCUUUCGGAAAAAAGAAGUUUCUUUCUCAUCAUCAUCAUCACGAUGAAAUUUGUUGUAUUUCUAGGAAUAUCAAGACUGGAGUUUUUACGUUUUUCAUUUUCUUGAGUUUAAUUAUUGGAGUGAGUUCAGUUGUAUUGUGGCGAGCAUCCAUACAUGACUGGUCUUCUUGGUUACCCAUAACGGAGCAUGCAAACUACGACGAGUAUUCACUCACUUCUACUUUUUCUUCUCUCGUUUCCUCUAUACCAUUUACAGUUCCGAAUACUUCAAAAGCAGUCACAAUUGAAGACGAUCAGACUGGCAUCAGAAUGUACAAAGAUGUCUCAUUGUGUGCUGAGUGUUACUAUAGACCCUUUUCAACUGUGGCUGGUUUAUCUCAAACAACAAUGCAACCUCCAUGUAUAACCUCUACGAAUUGUUCAUUCCUUGGUGUCAGAGGUAAAGAAGUCCAAGAUAGAAUUAACAGUGUUGGUGCUAAAUGGUACGAAGAUUGGGAACCAACGAACAAGAUAUUUAUCAUUGCAUUUCAUCAUGCUGAACGUUUGUAUUCUCCAAGGGAAAAGAUAGAUCCAAUAGAUAUUGAGCUAAUUGGUCCAACGGAUACUAAUUUUACUCUCGUCCUUUCUACUAAUUAUUUUAUACCUCCAAAAAGCAAUUUCGAUCAAUCAUUCUUUAUAAGGGUUCAUCCAAAUGUUAAAGUCACAGAUAUAAUCAUUCAUGGAGCACAAGAAAAGGUGAAGUAUAAUCUUGUGGCAAAGGAGUUCAGUGAUAGAAAAUUCAUCAGCACCAUUAAGGUGAAAGUGUUAGAAAAGUUGACAAAUAGCUCGUACUAUAACACGACUAGUCUUGUGGAGGCUCUGAAGCCUUAUUAUCCAAAUAUUGAAAACUAUACCUAUUAUUUAAUGUGCGUAACCGGCCACCUGUUCGAAUUGAGACAGGGAGGACAGUGUUAUUCUGAGGUUAAGGACUUUGCUAUUCAAUUUUUAUGGGUUACUUAUACCAUUGUGGGCUCAGUAUUGGUCAUUGCCAUUAUUGGAAUGAUUGUUUUUUUCAUUUUGUCAUGUUGUGCGUGUAAGAAACAAUUCGAACCUCCACAAAGAUUAGAAUAA